GUUUAAUGUGACGUCACACACAAAGCCAUCUAUGGUUGCGCUUUCUCAUUUCAAUCAGCAGAGCGGCGGAGCAAAAACACCACAGAGUGGCAAAAAUGAAUGUGGAACAUGAAGUUACGCUGCUCAUUCAAGAGAUUCGUCGACUGGGCAGUAUAAACGCCGAUGGAAAGAUCAGUGUCAAAUUUGGAGUCUUGUUUAACGAUGACCAGUGUGCCAACCUCUUUGAAGCUCUCGUCGGAACGCUGAAAGCGGCCAAGCGGAAGAAGAUCAUCACUUUUGAAGGGGAGCUACUACUGCAAGGAGUUCACGACAACGUAGAUGUCAUAUUACUGCAGGACUGAGUUUGACAGUCUUUUCUAAACCUGAGUGAAAAAGAACAAAUGUUUUUGACAUGUCAUUGCUACAUUUUCAUAUGGAAAUAUACUUGAGAUUGUAACAUUCUUUGUAUACUUCAUUGGAAUAUUUUUAUACAGCAUUUUUUUUCUCUCAGGGGAGUGAUUUGCACACACGUUUGUUUUGAAAAAGUAGCAAUUUUCCCUGUUCAAACAGCCAUAUCAUUGAAAUAUAUAUCAUAACCGUUAUAGCAGUGUGCAUGAUCAUGUUUACAUGUUUCUGGGACUUUGAAUGAAUUCAAUUAAUUCAAUUCAGCCUACAUUCUAACAAAUAAAGGUUUUUUUUUUUUUUGCAGCGAUGCCAUAGAAUAACCAUUUGUGAUUCCCCAAAGAACCUUAGUAAACAGUAUUUAAAAAGAACCAUUUCCUUUUCUUAGACUGACAAACAUUUUAACCUUUUGUGGAAUGGAACGUUUUCAUGGCUGUUAAAGGUUCUUCGUGGAACCAUCAAUGUCAAUAAAGGGCCUUUAUUUUUAAGAGUGUAUAACAAUUGCAUAAUUGCUCUUUCAGCAGUAAUCAUGAGAUUGUUUGAUAUGCAGUACCAUUACUGUAAAAUUAUUAAUUGCAUGCAUAGUCAUUCAAGUUAUAUGUGCCAAAAUAUGUCAAAGGCUGAUAAAUAUGAUUAGUGAGUAACAUUUAUCUGCUGUAAGAAUGAAAUGAAACAAGUUUAACAAAUCAUCUGCAAAUGUUCCAGGGUGAUAUUUUAUAAAGCUCUUGUGAAAACAUCC